GCUGUGGAGGCUCUCGGAACUACAUUUCCCAGUUGCCCCGACUCACCCCGUGACACUACUAGGACCAAGACUGCAGAGUGGGUGCUUUUGCCGCUGCGUUUGUCCAGCUCUCACCGGCACUGGACCCAGCGCCAUAGUCGGACAUCGCUCCAUCAUGGAAGAAGCAGACCGAAUCCUCAUCCAUUCCCUGCGCCAGGCUGGCACGGAAAUUCCUCCAGAGGUGCAAUCUCUGCGGGCCUUCAACACGGAGCUGGUGGUAGAAGCUGUGGUGCGCUGCUUGCGCGUGAUCAACCCUCCUGUGGGCUCUAGCCUCAGCCACCUGUUGCCACUUGCCAUGUCUGCACGCUUCCGCCUGGCCAUGAGUCUGGCUCAGGCCUGUAUGGACCUGGGCUACCCACUGGAGCUGGGCUACCAGAACUUCCUGUACCCCAGUGAGCCUGACCUCCGGGACCUGCUGCUCUUCUUGGUCGAGCGUCUGCCCACUGAUACCUCUGAGGAUGCAGACCAGCCUGCAGGUGACUCAGCUAUUCUCUUCCGUUCCAUCGCUGGCAAACUUGGGCAGCAGAUGACCUCGUCCUCGUUCCCAUCCCGCCGUUGCAUUCCCAAUCUGGAAAACCUCCAGGGAGGAGCUCAGAUUCCGUGCCGCUCAGACACUUCGCCGUCGCUGCACACUGCAGUCUCUGACCCUGCUUCUCUCUCCCAGAACACGGCUCCGGAGAAGCUUUUUAAUUUCAACAAGGUGGUCAUGGCCGAGAUGAACUCUGAGGCAGAGCUCCGGGAGUAUCAGGCCAGCGCCCAGCUGCUCCCAGCCACCAGACAGGUGCCCGAGGUCCCUGAGAGAGCAGCAUCCUUCAUGGAAUGCCACACUUUCCAGGCCAGCGAUUACACAGGCCAGGGCCAGCCUGGGAAUGAGGGCUGGGUCCUCCACGCCCCCUGCCACCCCACCCAGGAGGACGCAUGGGCGCAGCAGCAGCAGCAGCUGAAGAAGUACAUGGCUGAACAGCUGCGCCAGGCCUCUAGCCACCCGGAAGCCUUUGAACCCGAGCAAGACUUGGGCGAGAUGCUGCAGGCCUGGGGCGGCAGGGAUGAGACUGAUGUUCCCAAGGGCUCCCGCUUUAUGCACUCGGAGAAGUUCACCUUUCACGGGGAGCCCGAGGCCCAGGUAGCUGUGGUGUCAGAUGUGCUGACUCCCGAGCAGUCCGAACAGCCUAUGCCCCAGGACACGCAGGCAGCUGAAGAGGAGGAGCUAGAGGCACUCCGGCGGGAGCUGGAUGAGGUGGAGCGCGGCAUUGAUGAGUUCGAAGCCAUAAUGAGGGCACUGGGCCUCAACAUUGCACAGGUGGAGAGCGAGUGUCAGGAGAACGAGCAGAGCAUGGCCGAGCGGGAGCAGGCACUGCGCGUCCAGAGCCAGGCCGUGGAGCUGCUGCCUGAUGGGCCGACCAACCUCGCCAAGCUCCAGCUUCUGGUGGAGAGCAGUGCCCAGCGGGUCAUCCACUUGGCGGAACAGUGGGAGAAGCACCGGGUGCCCCUCCUCGAAGAGUACCGCCACCUUCGCCAGCUCCAGGAAUCCAGAGAGCUGGAAUCUUCUCGACGGCUUGCCGAGAUCCAAGAACUGCACCAGAGCGUCCGGGCAGCGGCUGAUGAAGCUCGCAGGAAGGAGGAUGUCUACAAGCAGCUGAUGGUGGAGCUGGAGAGCCUGCCCAGAGAUGUGUCCCGGCUGUCUUACACCCAGCGCAUCCUGGAGAUCGUGGGCAACAUCCAGAAGCAGAAGGAAGAGAUCACGAAGAUCCUGUCUGACACAAAGGAGCUUCAGAAAGAAAUCAACUCCCUCUCUGGGAAGCUGGACCGGACAUUUGCUGUGACUGAUGAGCUGGUAUUCAAGGAUGCUAAGAAGGAUGAUGCCGUUCGGAAGGCCUACAAGUACCUAGCUGCCCUGCAUGAGAAUUGCAGCCAGCUCAUCAAGACCAUUGAGGACACUGGCACCAUCAUGCGUGAGGUUCGGGACCUAGAGGAGCAGAUCGAGACAGAGAUGGGCAAGAAGACCCUCAGCAACCUGGAGAAGAUCCGUGAGGACUACCGAGCCCUUCGCCAGGAGAAUGCCAAUCUCCUGGGCCGGUUCCGCGAGACCUGAAGAAUCCCCAGCAGAGGUCCAACACCCCACAUCCGGGAUCGGGGGCUGUUGGAUGCAAAUACCAAGCACUUGUCCGGACAAAACCUUGUGUUGUUUUUCAGUUCCUCCGGCUGAGGCCUAAGACCCAAACCCCUUCCCACCUAACCCUAACCCUUAUCUGGCAUGACAGUUGAGAAAAUGGGAGCUUGGUAGU